UAGCUCUUGUUCUGCCAUCUCGGGCGCUCUCACACACCUUCACCUGCACAGACUUGAAAGUCCAGUUUCACCAGAGGCUGAGGCUCCAGGAAAAGGGGAGCGAGUUCAUUGGAUCAAACAUGUCACAAGAGUCGGACAAUAAUAAACGACUGGUGGCCUUAGUGCCCAUGCCCAGUGACCCUCCAUUUAAUACCCGAAGAGCCUACACCAGUGAGGAUGAAGCCUGGAAGUCGUAUUUGGAGAACCCCCUGACGGCGGCCACCAAGGCAAUGAUGAGCAUCAACGGUGAUGAGGACAGCGCUGCUGCCCUUGGCCUGCUGUAUGACUACUACAAGGUUCCUCGAGACAAGAGGCUGCUAUCUGUAAGCAAAGCAAGUGACAGCCAAGAAGACCAGGAUAAAAGAAACUGUCUUGGCACCAGUGGAGCCCAGAGUAGUUUGAGUGGAGGAGAAAACCGAGUGCAGGUUCUAAAGACUGUUCCAGUGAACCUUUCCCUAAAUCAAGACCACCUGGAGAAUUCCAAACGGGAACAGUAUAGCACGAACGUCUCUGAGAGCGCAGCCGUCAUCCCCAUGGCGGGAAUCACAGUGGUGAAGGCCGAAGAUUUCACACCGGUUUUCACGGCCCCACCUGUGCACUAUCCCCGGGGAGAUGGUGAAGAGCAACGCGUGGUUAUCUUUGAACAGACUCAGUACGGCGUGCCGUCCGUGGCCAGCCACAGUGCCUACCUCAAGGAUGAUCAGCGCAGCACGCCGGACAGUACUUACAGCGAGAGCUUCAAAGACGGAAACCCAGAGAAAUUUCGGAGUGCUUCAGUUGGGGCUGAGGAGUACAUGUAUGGCCAGACAUCAAGUGGCACAUUUCAGUACACCCUGGAAGCCACCAAAUCUCUCCGUCAGAAGCAGGGGGAGGGCCCCAUGACCUACCUCAACAAGGGACAGUUCUAUGCCAUCACGCUCAGCGAGACGGGGGACAACAAGUGCUUCCGACACCCCAUCAGCAAAGUCAGGAGCGUGGUAAUGGUGGUCUUCAGUGAAGACAAAAACCGAGACGAGCAGCUGAAAUACUGGAAGUACUGGCACUCUCGACAGCACACGGCCAAGCAGAGGGUCCUCGACAUCGCUGAUUACAAGGAGAGCUUUAAUACGAUUGGCAACAUUGAAGAGAUUGCAUAUAAUGCCGUUUCCUUCACCUGGGACGUGAAUGAAGAAGCUAAGAUUUUCAUCACUGUGAAUUGCCUGAGUACAGAUUUCUCCUCCCAAAAAGGAGUGAAAGGACUUCCUUUGAUGAUUCAGAUUGAUACAUACAGUUAUAAUAAUCGUAGCAAUAAACCCAUUCAUAGAGCUUAUUGCCAGAUCAAAGUCUUCUGCGACAAAGGAGCAGAAAGAAAAAUCCGAGAUGAAGAGAGGAAGCAGAACAGGAAGAAGGGGAAAGGCCAGGCCUCCCAAACCCAGUGCAACAACUCCUCUGAUGGGAAGUUGGCGGCCAUACCGUUACAGAAGAAGAGCGACAUCACCUACUUCAAGACAAUGCCUGAUCUGCACUCCCAGCCGGUCCUCUUCAUACCGGAUGUUCACUUUGCAAACCUGCAGAGGACAGGACAGGUGUAUUACAACACGGAUGAUGAACGAGAAGGUAGUGUCCUUGUGAAACGGAUGUUCAGGCCCAUGGAAGAGGAGUUUGGUCCAGCACCUUCUAAGCAGAUGAAGGAAGAAGGAAUGAAGCGAGUGCUUUUGUACGUGAGGAAGGAGACAGACGACGUGUUUGACGCCUUGAUGUUGAAGUCCCCCACCGUGAGGGGCCUGAUGGAAGCGAUAUCUGAGAAGUACGGGCUGCCCGUGGAAAAGAUAACAAAGCUUUACAAGAAAAGCAAAAAAGGCAUCCUGGUGAACAUGGACGACAACAUCAUCGAGCACUACUCAAACGAGGACACCUUCAUCCUCAACAUGGAGAGCGUGGUGGAAGGCUUCAAGGUCACGCUCAUGGAGAUCUGAGCCCUGCUCCGGGCAGCGGCCCUCAGGGCCUUUCUCCCCGGGGCAGCCGGAAGCCCGGGCCCCGCAGACGCACCUAGCCCAUCUCACGACUGCUGUUACACGACCGCGCUGGGGAGCGGGCCGAGGCCUGAAGCCCCGUGUUUGGCCCGUGCGUUUGGUCCGCCCGCCGGCUCCUGCCACGCACGGAGCCGCAGCCCGAGCCCCUCGGGAAAGGGCCUUGCGCCUGUUGGAUCCUUAUUUAUUGUCCACCUUUCUCCGGAGCCCGGGGCCCAGGCCCGCCGGGGCUCUGCAGGUCACUGCUGGCUCCAGGUGCCACCGUCCAGAGCCCUCCCCUUCGGUCCAUUCGUCCCAAAGGGCCUGAGGAUGCUCGCCCUGCCGUCUCACCUCCUCGCGUCUCCUGAGUGGACGGACAGAACGAGCCGCUUCCUUCGUCAGAGGUCGGGGGACAGGUGGACGCCCCUUCCUGGUUAGAAACCUUCAGGCUGCUCCGGGACGGUCAUCUCUCCGAUACCCCCAGGGGUUCCCGGCGAGUGGCCAGCAGGCCGUGUACAGGAAGACAUUCAGCCACUGUGUAAUUAGUAAGUAACCUAGAAGGUGUGCCUGGCUACCCGUGUACAUAGUGUUUAUAAUAUGGCAAUAAUAUAUUCUACCUGUGCUAUGUGGGCAUGUUUACUGCCACUGGCCGGGGGAGGCACAUACCUGGAGACCCUGCUUUCUCCAAGAGGCUUCUGCCUCUGUGCUGUUCAGGAGACGUGCUGGGCGACGGAAGUGGCCUUCGGGGUGUCGGGUGACUGCAGCGGGCGCCGAGACAGCU